AACCAAAUGUACGUGAGUCUGUUUGGUUAGUGGAGAAACGGUCUUUGAAAGUGGAAUCCUAUUGGUUCCAUUUUUCCCGGAUGGCAAAAGGCCCCUAGAAAUUCUAUUCCCAGGGCUUCUCGCUCUUUCGCUUUUCUAUUCUGGAACAAUCGCCAACAUCAUUUUAGAUAGUUUCCGAGAAGAUAGCAGAGCCAAGCGAGGAGUUCAGAGCCAUCGAGAUCCAUGGCGGAAGUAGAGAACCAGAAAGCCCCAAGCCUAGCUGCGCAAUACUCAUUGCAGGAAAUAGAGGAGCAACCAGUCCAGGUCGAAUCCCCUGUUCAACCAACUGAAGAUGAGAAGCCAGCUAAUACUGUUACUGAGGAAGCUGUAGCUGAAAAAACAACUGAAGAUGAGAAGCCAGCUAAUACGGUUGCUGAGGAAACUGUAGCUGAGAAAACUGAGGAAGCUCCCCCAGCUGAAGAAAGCAAUGCAGCUCCUGAGCAGGAAGAAUCAAGUGAGCAAGAAGCUUCUGAAGAGACACCAGAAAUAAAGCUGGAGACAGCACCAGCAGAUAUUCGUUUCCCAACCACCAACCAAACGAGACAUUGCUUUACACGCUAUAUUGAAUAUCAUAGGUGCAUAGCUGCAAAAGGGGAAGGUGCUCCAGAGUGUGAUAAGUUCGCAAAAUUUUACCGUUCGCUCUGUCCUAGUGAAUGGGUACUUACUUUUUUCUUUAUAAAUAGAGAGAUGGAAUGAGCAAAGGGAGAAUGGAACCUUUCCCGGGCCUUUGUAGAGGGUGCUGGAUUCUUGUGGCCACAUGUUGUGAGACUCCUGCCAUUAUUUCCAGAUCGUUUCCAGUCCAGGAAGUUCAUACAAAUGGGAAAACAUCCGGGAGAGUUCUAUUUGAAACAAUUGAGUUAAAUAAAAAAAUUUUGGCUUGAUUUAUUUGUUGCACUAAUUCAAGCCCAAAUAUGGGGAGUAAAUUUCACAUAAAGUAAAAAUAUUUAUUCUACUGGAGCUUUUCAGUCUUCUUUGUUA